AAUUGCUUCGAAAAAGUAAAUUCAUCUGAAAAUUAUUAUUCAAGCAUUUUUGUGAAUUAUAAUGGCGGAAUACAAUAAUUGCCGAUUCAAUUAUUCACCGGGAAAGACAACUAAGCGAAAAUCAGGCAACUCGCCUGGUCCAAUUGACAAAAAGAGUCGUAAGGAUAAGCAUGAGAAGAACAGGACUAAGUCUAAGAAAGAACUUAAGGCACAACCUGAAGCUUGCCCGCAGACCUUUCCUCCAUUCGGCAAGGAGCUUAACUUGAGCAGCGAUAGCAGCGACAAUGAAGACGGCAGCAGCAGUGAGAGCGCCAGUGAAACUGCAAAAGGUGCAACUUUAUUAAUUAAUAAAAUUGACACUUUGGCGGAGAGAGCGAAGAAAAAUAGUAUAUCCAAUGUGGCUGCAUCAAUUGACAAUAAUAUUCGGCAUCCCAGCGUGCGACACGAAAGCGUACGCGAGGCAUGCAUUCGUCAUCUAAGCGUUCGCGGGGAAAGUAUGCAUCCAAGCGUGCGUUAUACAUCCGUUCAACAGCAAAUCGUGCCGCAGCAAACGGUGCGUUUUAAUAGCGUACAAAAUGAAAAAAUAAGAUCUAAUAGCGUACGGCCAGAGGAUGUGAGACACAAUAGCGAACGCAGUGAGAGCAUACGUCCCAGUGUAAAUAGCGUCCCGCAGCUGGACGAGCGGCAAAUCAACAAGUCAAAGACUGAAAAGCUUGAAGGACAAGUGCCCAAUCAGUCGCGGUUUCCAAGCGUUGAUCAGUGCUUCAAGCAGCCCUCCACCCAGAUGCGCUUUAAUAGUGUUAAGCAACAGCUACGCUUUGAUAGCGUUAAGCAACAAGAACAGCCACGCUUCGAGAGCAUUAAGAAACAAGAACAGCAGCGCUUCGAAAGCGUUAAAAAUCCGGAGCAGCCACGUUUCGAGAGUGUCAAGAAACAAGAACAGCCACGCUUCGAGAGCGUUAAAAAUCUGGAGCAGCCACGCUUCGAGAGCGUUAAGAAACAGGAAGAGCAACGUUUCGAGAGUGUUAAAAAUCCGGAACAGCCACGGUUCGAGAGUAUUAAGAAACAAGAACAGCAGCGUUUCGAAAGACCAGACAGCCACUUCGAGAGCGGAGGGAGACUCUAA